AUGGGCGACAUUCACCCCGACCGCCGCAACAACCAUCACCACGAUCCCUCCCGCAAACGCUCUCGCUCACCCCACCGAAAUGGCAGCGGCAAGCCAUGGUCCACCUCCAGUCCCUCCUACAGAAGCAGCCGCGACAGCACACCCCAAGACCGCUCUUCGCGCCCACCACAGUCAAAAUGGUCCCACAAGGAACAAAUCAAGUCGAAUGCGGCCCAGGAAGACGAGCGCAUGCGCACCUACAUCGCCGGCGAAGACGACUUCAUGCUCCGCCAAAACAAGAAGAAAGCCGUCAUUAGAGUACGUGAGGGACGUGCAAAACCGAUUGACUGGCUUGCUGUCACCCUCCGCGUGAUCGACGAGACGCGACACAAAGAUCGGCCAUCACUGGAUGACGAGGUGGACGACGAGGAGCUGGAGGUUGUAGAUCCGGAUAGUGUGUUUGAGGGGUUGGGGAGUGACAAGGAGUUCGACGAGCUGCUGAAGGACAUUGAGACGUACGAGAAGCUAGAGACGAAUAGGACGAAUCGGGAGUUUUGGAGGACGAUGGGCGUUAUUUGUGCAUACUGGCGGCGGAAACUGCAGACGUCGAGGACCGCUGGCGGUCAGGGUCGAGCGACGAGUAGCGUCAGCGCGGACAUCGAUCGUUUAUUGGCGCCCAAGACGUAUGAACAGUUGGAGGGGCUAGAAGGGCAGAUCAGGACGAAGCUGGAUUCGAAUGAGCCGAUUGAUACGGAUUACUGGUCGCAGCUGUUAGGGAGCUUGCUGGUGUGGAAGGCUAAGGCGAAGGUCAAGGACGUGUAUCAGGCGGUGAUGGAGAAGCGAAUGGCUCGGUUGAGGAAGGAGAGUGCGGCGGAGGCUGUGAGGUCACAGCAGGAAUUAGCGGCAGCAUUAUCAAAGGACAAGGAUGAACCAAUGCAGCCACAAACAUUGCAGUACGACAGAAGUCUGGACCCAGAUCCAGCGCUUGACAUCGCAGCAAAAGACAAAAACUUGGAAGUCCGCUCCGAGCAAGAAAUCCUCACACAACUCGCCACAGACCGCGCCCGAAUAAAACGAACAGGCUACAUCCCCAUGCCAGGCGGCUCCAAAGCCACCAAACAAGUCUCAACCACGACGAGCAAGGGCGCAGCCACCUCCAAAUCAGCAGCUCCCUCCCAAUUCGACCGCGACGUCGCCCGCGGCGUCGACGAAGACGAAGAAGUCUUUGCCGCCGAGGAACCAACCACAAAUGCCAGGACAGACGGACUGCGAAAACCAAAAUACUUCAACCGCGUCCUCCUCGGCUACGACUGGAACAAAUACAACCAGACCCACUACACCGCCGACGCUCCUCCCCCACGAGUGGUUCAGGGCUAUAAGUUCCACAUCUUCUACCCUGACCUCCCCGCUUCCUCCCCAGCACCCAGCUACAAGAUCAUAAGAGAGGACGGGCGGAAGAAGGGGCAGAGUGCCGCGCCUGCGGGCGAAGAGGAUACCUGUAUACUGCGCUUCGUCAGCCCGGGACCGCCGUACGGCGAUGUGGCGUUUCGGGUCGUAGAUCGGGAUUGGGAUUAUAGUGGACGGAGGGGCGGUGGGGAGGGCGGAUUCAAGAGUGUUUUCGAAGGCGGGGUGCUCAGUCUGCAUUUUGGGUUUAGGAGGGUGUUCUAUCGGAAAUGA